CUUUUUAUCUCCAUCGAUCAUGCCAUCGCCCCAAGCCAAAUUUGUGAGCUCCUGCACAAUAUAGAUGAUAGUUGCACGGCCAUCAAUUGCAAUGACGACUGAGGGUAGGACUGAGCGCCGCAAAUUCCGAAGGACUGCUAAUGCCUGCAUCCCAUGCCGGCAGAGUAAAAUUAAAUGCUCCGGGAAUCAGCCAUGUGGGAAUUGCCAACGACGCAUGGUGAACUGUCGAUUUGUGGAUAGUGGCCAUAGGAUAAUCAUUCAUCAACCCAGCAAUACCUCUUCCUUUGAGAUAAACAGUCAUUCAUUAGGAGCCAAGCGACCCGCAAGUCUUGCUUUUGUUUCAGAUGGCCAUGAGAAUUGCCCUGAUGAGCUGCUCACUCCUCCUUCUCUCGUUUCUCAGCAUUUCGAUUCAGCGCCAUACAUAGGAGCGCAACGACCUGCCGAGUUGUCCAAUUCAACGGUCGACGGCGCGCGCAGUAUUUGGACAAGUCCAUUCACACUCCCCUCGAGAACUAUCAAGAACACCCAGAGGAACAAGCGCAACUGGGUUUGGCUGGCACCCUCAUCAACCUGGUCCUUUACUGCCAGACUCACCCUCCUUCUAGCUGAGAAGCUCGAGUUAGACUCUCCCUACAGCGCCCCAAACUUUUCAGGAGAGGACAUCUAUAUCCUCCGAUGGAAAUCAUGCCCACCCGACGACCCCCCCGACAUCAGCGGGCUACCGUCAAUCGAUCACGCUCUCUACCUGUUCAACACUGUCAAAUUCCACCUCGGUCAAAGCUAUCGCUUUCUCGACGAAGCCACAUUUGUCGAGCAUCUACAGGAGUUCUACCACGGGAACGCAGCCGAGAAAGCUGCUGCAUCGCGUUUGUGGUUCGUGCAGUUUCUCCUCGUCUUGUCCUUCGGGAACGCCUUUCUCUCCUCCCGCUGCAAAUGCACCACCGAGCCGCCAGGGUCAAAGUUCUUUAUCCGCGCGAUGGCCUUGAUGCCGGACCACGCCUCCGUCUGGAAGGACAGCCUAAUGGCCAUUGAAGUGCUGGCCCUGGCAGGUCUAUAUCUUUACUCGAUUGAUCACAGGGAGUCCGCCCAUGUAUACCUCGGCCAAGCCAUCCGCAUCGCGCAGCUUGAAGGCCUACACACGCAACUCCCAGAGGAAGAGAUUGGACUCCAGACGGUCGAGCGGUGCCGCAACCUGUGGUGGACACUGUACAUUAUGGACCGACACUUCUCCUGCUCAUUGGGGAUCCCCAUGUUGACGCGGGAUAGUGAUAUCACCACCGUUCUGGAUUCGCCCAGCGCGUGCUCGCAACGCGAUGCGACCCUGUGCUUGCAGGUGCGGUUAUCGCAUCUGUUGUCUUUUAUUCUUACCACAAUCUACAAAACCCAGAAAACGCAGCUCGGGACGUUCUUGGACAAAACCAAGUCAAUCCUGCAGACGCUCGCGGGCCACGCACGGGAGAUUGAGAAAAUCAUCUACCGGAAAUUCCAAAACUCGAUUGAUACGAUGCCUCGGGGGACGCGGCAUAUUACGCUUUUGUAUCAUCAGUGCGUAAUGGUCGCCACCCGCCCCCUUCUCCUCUCCGUCCUUAAGGAGAGACUCGAUACCCUGACCGAAGGCGACGAGGACUGGCAGACGAUCCUCGCGCCGACCAAGACCCUGAUCGCGACGGGGAUUAAAUCCGCGGCGAAGACGCUGCAGAUCCUGUCAGAUGAGGAUAGUCCGCUCGAAGUCUUCCUCCCCUACGACCUCGAAUUCACUUACAGCGCCGCCAUCCACCUCGCCAUGGCGCAAGCACUCUUCCCCCUCGACCCCAACGAGCACGGCACACGGGGUAUCCAGAACGCCCACACUAUUCUGUCUGAGAUGGCGAGCAAGGGCAACCGACUCGCCGAGAACCGUUCCAGGGAGUUAGUCUACUUGGAAGGACUGUUCGCGGAGCUGGCGAAGCGCAUCGAGCGGCGCGGGUUGCUGACGCUCUCGCUCUGGAAUACUCCGCAGCAGCUGCAAAAUCAAGAGGACUCUGGGAGGAAGGAGUCAAGUGAGCCCACCGUACCGGGGCAUGAAGCGGGUGCGCCGGCUGGAGAGGACCCUUUCUGGUCGUCCCCGUCGGCCCCGACGCCCACUACGAGUAAUCUGGAGUUGUUGGAUAAUAUUGGGAUUUCGUCGUAUGAGUUCCUGUCGAUUGUGGAGCAGAUUGGGAGGCAGGAGUAUCAUAGUAUUCUGGAUACGGGGGCGGGGAUGGGGUGA